ACCGAUGCUGAUAUCGGAGCAGAAGGUAGAUAAGACGAUAGAACAUAAAACGGUUAAAAAUAUGUAAUGUGUGGCACUAUUUAUUUGUCUGGUCACUGCCGACUCUGCUGACGAGCCGACUCCUAGUCACCAGCCAUCCUAACUGUAUCGUGUCGAUACCUACCUGUACGCAGUACGCACAGUACAGUACACACAUCUGUAUUCUGUACUCUUUACUUGAUGUACUACAUCGGAGUAUUUGAUGAACUUCGGGUGUCUAUAAAAGUUGUUCCAACUUUUAACGCUGAGCUCGUUUUAUACAACAAAUUACGACAAAUGGAUGAUGCCAAGUUUCAUAAAUUCGCUUUUACUUCCAUUAGCUGUACGAACACGAACGAACGAUCAGGAUAAUCGUUGUCGUCGUCGUCGUCGUCGUCGCCGUCGUCGCCGAUGAUUCCUUCUGUCAUUAAAGAUUUAAAAUAACCGUGGGUCACCAAAAUGAAUAUCAACUCAUUAGGCAUUGCCGAUCUCUUCGAUCUAUUAGAAUCUAACAAACUCGGAGAGGUAGAAGAGAUAAAAAAAGUAUUUCACGAUCUCUUCUUAUGCACGAAGGAUACAUGGUUGGUAAAUGGUCUGUUUGAUUACUAUCUGUCAACGAACUCUUCGAGAGCGGUGGAAGUACUGGUCGGUGUCCGCGAGCCACACGACAAGCAUCUGUUGGAUCGUUUAUCUGAAGUUUUAAGCAAAUCUGGAAGCAGCGGCCAAAGAAUUCGAACCCUUACUCUGUUAGGUCACAUCGCUCGUAGGCAACCCAUUUGGUUGUACAAACUCGCCGGUCAUACUUUGUUUCGGGAGUUACUCAAGUUACUUAAGGUGGAAACUGAUACAUUGUCCCUGAUAAGCGCGCUUUUUCUUCUGGCGAUGUUAUUACCGAUGUUACCUGCUGCUCUGGGACCGUAUCUUUCCGAAAUUUUCGAAGUUUUCGGUAGACUGGCCUCCUAUUAUCAUCAUCAGUCGUUGACCGCGUUUUCUACUCCCGCACAUUUAGCGUCAACGACGAUAACUGAAACCAUAGAUAAGAAUCAUUUAUAUUUAUUACAUCUACAGAUGGGAUUGUACAGUUUGUUCCACAGAUUGUACGCGAUGUAUCCUUGUAACUUCAUUUCAUACUUGAAACAACAGUACGUUCAACGAGAUCAAUUGGCCACUUUCGCUCACACAAUUAGACCGAUGCUGGACUCUGUUCGUAUGCAUCCUUUACUCGUUACCGCGUCUAAAGAUACCGAGGUUUCUGCUGCUAGAUGGAAGAAAAUGGAACAUCACGAUGUUAUGGCCGAGUGCGGUCGCUUCACGUUGGACAAGUGUCGAGAAGAAAUAUUUCGUACCGCCAGUUCACGUUUCACGCCGCCUUUAGAUUAUUCUUCUGCGUGUACUCCGAUAAGCGUCGGCGGUGUCGGUGGGAUGGCUACAUGGGAAAUUAGCAACGGCGAAGAGGACACGUUUUGGUCGCCGAGUAUGACCGUGACAUCGCAGAGUCCUCAGUUUCCUUCUGGCUCCGUGACGUCUGCUCCCUCUACGCCUAACAACAAUAGUAACAAUAACAUUACCAAUAACAACAACAGUACCAACGUCGGUAGCAGCAACAAUAGCGGAAACAGAACCGGUACUUCUCCGCCGGAAGCCGCGGUCGAGGCCACUCCUGAAACCACUCCCGUCAAGGAUUUACGAAAGAGGCAAGUACCUGCUGGAUCCGCUGCAGUUCGUGCUCUUAGCGCGUUCAGUAACGGUGCGAUAAUAGGAGCGACCUCGCGGCCCUCUACGCCGAUUCUUCCGUCGAACAACGCAUCCAUGUCCGCAUCGAGCACGAUCGGAAGCGGGGAGGCUAACAACGCGCAUGGGUUUCUAUCGCACAAGCUAUGUAAAAUUAUCGCAGAUAGGCAGACAAGCACCGUCGACGUGGCUGCCACACAUUCUCAGCAAAAAUUAUCCGUCAACGUCGAUGAGGAUGGAAGAUUUUCGGAGGCUGACGUGAAUCAAAACGGGAAGAACGAUUCAUGGCAGGAGGAUCAAGAGAUUUUAGAGAUAGUUAAUUGCCAGUCCGUUGGAAAGUUCGAUGGUUCGAAGCAUGCCGAGCAACAGGGACAACGAGACGAUGAGAAAUUACAAAAUACUUUCACCAAUUUGUCUCAAACGGUUUACCUGCGUUUGUAUUCUCAGAGCCAGACUCCUGCACACUAUUCCAAUUCAUUUGGUAAUAUUCUUCGAAAGAGCAAAUCUUGCUCCGACAUCAAAGUACAGAAUCGAGAAAUCGAUAGUAUCAAAACGGCGGAAGGGAUAAAAAAAUCGGAAGAGGCUGGAACGCAAACGUUCGAUCUGCUUCCGUACGAACGUUUGUUCUUAGGAAUUUGUGAACAAAAGAGUCAGAUGAAUUCCCAAAAGAGUUCCCUACAGGGCACCGACUUUCGAUUGUCACCAACCGGAAUGCUCGAUCGAUACGUCCAAGUUUGCACGCGUGCCAGUAAUUAUUCCGGGACUAGUAGCUUGGCGAUCGAACAACAGCAGCAGAAACAGAGAAAAGACAAUGACGGAGAAACUGACCAAGUCGGGGAGGAAGAUACUUUGGACGUCGAGUGUGCGAAUCGGUUGUUACAGCUGAUGCAAAUGCAGCUGCAAUUCGAACGGCAACGCAGAGAAGUUCAUGCGGAACGUAAUCGAAGGCUUCUUGGAAAACUGAGGGACUCAACCGCGUUGGAAGAACAUAAUUACGCUUUGACUGAUCGUUUGAAAUUGAUGGAGAAAGAAGUAGAGGGAUUGAAGGCUAAACUAGAGCGUAACAAGAAGGAAGCCUCUCAAGCUGAAGGUCGAUACAAAGAGACGCUGCAACAUUGGCAAACUAAGUGCGUGGAUCAAGAACGACAGAACAAGGUGCUAAAACACCGGCUCGAUUCCGUUGAACUCGAACUGACGAACGAACGGAAAAAGGUAGUCGAUUGCGAACAACGAAUUCGUUCCGCGGAGGCUUCUUUGUUCGACGCGGGCCAUCAACUGAGAGUGGCAUUAAAGGCUGCAAAUCAAAGCAAAGAACUAGAACGUAUGCUCGACGUUGUACAGAAGAAAUUACUUCUGCUCGGAGAGGCACAAGCAAAGUUGCAAGAAAGUACGGUUGGUAUUUCGCCAAUGACAAAACAAGAAGCAAUGCAAAUUCAGAAAUCGUACGCAGAAGAAUUGAACGGCUUACGACGACAAUUAGAAUCACGAACCUCUCACGUGGAAGCAUUGAAAAUACGACUGACCGAACUAGAGAACAAAGAAGCUCGAAAGGAAGCACAACUGGUGGAAUUUCAACGACUUUUACAAGAGACCAAGGAUCAACACGAGGCCGAAUUAGAAGCCGUAGAGUCGAAAUACAAAGCACAAGCAGAGAUCAAUCUUCUUCUCGAGAGUCGUAUACUCGAGCUUCACGGGACUCUGGAAGCAGCAACCGUUGCUACCAUGAACAAUUUAGCUUCAUCGGCGUCGCCUAAGGAAAGAUCGCCACCUCUCUCGGCUAGUUUAGCUUCCUCCAGUGAGGGAAGUCUCGCGUUCAUUCACUCCGGUACCGGGAUUAUACUAAACGACUGUUGCGAUACCGCUGCAGAAAUUCCUAAUCUUCAAGCUAUGGUCGAACCUGCCCCGAGCCAGGCGACCUCGCCGUCUCGUCAAGUUCAGCAGAGACCGAUUUCUAGACAGGACUAACGCUACGCGAACCCGACCAUCGAAUAUACCAAUUUCAUUCGCAUGCGACAGUUGUUCCGUGAUAUCUGUAUGCGCGUGUGCAAUUACCGUGCGGCGACAUCACUCAUGGUGUCGAAUCGAAUCGGAAAAAGAGUUAUUUCUAGCUUUUUAUCGACGUUUUAUGCGGAAUUCGUAGUACUAUCAUUGUAACAUUAAGUAUGUAUUAUCGUCUCGCAUGCGCGAGUUUCGAUAAAUGACUAAAAUCGGUCGCGCGAUUAAUAAAGAUUACCAAGCAUGAUACGAUACGACUUCAAUCUCGAACAAACGAGUUCACGAUGAAUAAACGGUUGAGAUAUUUUCCGA